AUGAAGAACGGGCGGUUUGGGGCCCCCCGGGGGCCACUUGGUGUAUUUGCUGGGCUUGGGGGUCUCAUUGUACUUGGAGGAGGUGCAUUGUUGUUGAAUUCUGCGCUGUUCAACGUUGACGGUGGACACCGGGCGAUUGUGUACUCGCGGAUCGGCGGUGUAUUGCCCCGGAUAUACAACGAGGGGACGCACUUCGUGCUGCCCUGGCUGGAGACGCCCAUUGUGUACGAUGUGCGGGCGAAACCGAGGAACGUAGCGUCGCUGACUGGGACGAAGGACCUGCAAAUGGUAAACAUUACCUGUAGAGUGCUUUCGAGACCCGAUGUGACGCAGUUGCCCACGCUGUACAGGACGUUAGGGCAGGACUACGAUGACCGGGUGCUGCCGUCGAUUGUUAAUGAGGUGCUGAAGUCUGUUGUUGCGCAGUUUAACGCGUCGCAGCUGAUCACGCAGAGAGAGAAAGUGUCCCGGUUGAUCCGGGAGAACCUCGUGCGCCGUGCGUCGAGGUUCAACAUUAUGCUUGACGAUGUGUCCAUCACGUACAUGACUUUCUCCCCUGAAUUUACGAACGCGGUGGAGGCUAAGCAGAUUGCACAACAGGAUGCGCAACGGGCUGCGUUUAUUGUCGACAAGGCGAGGCAAGAGAAGCAGGGGAUGGUCGUGAAGGCUGUUGGUGAGGCGAAGUCCGCGGAACUGAUCGGUGAGGCAAUCAAGAAAUCCAAGGAUUACGUCGAGUUGAAGAGACUGGAUACCGCGAAGGAGAUCGCCACUAUCUUGGCCGCGUCCCCCAACAGAGUGGUCUUGGACAACGAGUCGUUACUGCUAAACACUCUAUUGGACGCUAGAAUGGGCGACGGGAAGAAGUAA